UUCCCCACCCGUUCCACUAGCUAGAGGUACGUACCUUACCUAGUGACUAGGCCCUACAUACCGAGUGACCAACCACUCAGUCACCACGCUUGAUUUGCUUGCUAAUUGGCCUCGCCUACUUCGAUGCGUCGUUGGUGUUAAGUUAAUCUAGGUGUGUGGCUAGGAUUGCUGUGCUGUGCAUCCUGGUCUCGCCUCGCAACAAACAGAAUUGAGAUUUCAAUUCUCCCACCCAUGAAUAUUUUACGCGAGUAGACGGAAUACUAACAAACAUAAGGUUUUGAUAGGUUUGAUGCGCCGGCCGGCCGGCAGUCAGGCAUUCAAAUAAAUAGUGGCCGUUAACCUCACUAUAUAUGGUUAAUUCACCCACGACCCGUCGCUGUGGACGAGCAAGAGCUGCAACCUGACAGCAGGUGAGACGAAUCGAGCUGCAACCCUCCAUUAACUAUACAUACAAUUCACAUAUAUAUACCAGUUGGGACGAAUCGAGCUGCAUGCACAUUCUACACACAUACAGGCCAAGCAAAAUAUUAGUAUCAGGCCUGGCUCCUGCCAGUGCCCGGCGCACCCACUGCUAGUUGUUAUUCACACAGUAAUUGCUGGGCCAUUAGAUGGAAAUCGUAAGGUAAGACAAGCCCAUAGACACAGAGUCAAGUAGUAAGAUAUUAUGUAGUGCAAGGAAUCGACUAAAUAUGUGAUGACCCGCAGUUAUUAGGUUGCAACUAAUUGACCUCUCACCUUUGUGCAUUCAUGCCGACAACCGACGAUAGAGUGAGAGCAGGAGAUACCAGGCAAGCAAUAGAGAUGUGUCUCUCAAGUGCUGUGCUAUGGUGGGAAGAGUGGCAGCUGCGCAUCCUCGUCCUCAGCAGCCUCUUCAUUCAGUGGCCCCUCUUCCUCUCUGCCGCCAUGCGUAAGCUCGCUAUUCCUUCCUGGUUCAGAUCCACAAUAUGGCUCGCAUACCUAGGCAGCAACGCUCUAGCCAUAUAUGCCUUAGCCAACCUCUUCAGUCGUCAGAGGAGGCAAGAUUGCAGCUCCGGGCAAGGCAAUAGCAUUCUGGAGGUGGUAUGGGCUCCAGUUCUCCUGAUGCACCUUGGCGGACAAGACCUCAUCACUGCAUACAACAUUGAAGACAACGAGCUGUGGACGCGGCAUGUUGUCACAGUUGUGUCACAGGUCACCGUAGCCAUUUACGUGUUCUGCAAAUCAUGGCCAGGUGACAACAAGAGGUUGUUGCAGGCAUCAAUCCUGUUCUUCGUCCCUGGGAUCCUGAAAUGCAUAGAGAAGCCCUAGGCUCUCAAGAGCGCUAGCAUUAACAGCCUAGUCAGCUAUUCCCACUCUGCUCCCUGGAGUACCGCAAACAGAGAAGACAAGAUCGAUUCACUUGAAGAUUACGUGUUCUGCAAAUCAUGGCCUGGUGACAACAAGAGGUUGUUGCAGGCAUCAAUCCUGUUCUUUGUCCGUGGGAUCCUGAAAUGCAUAGAGAAGCCCUAGGCUCUCAAGAGCGCUAGCAUUAACAGCCUAGUCAACUAUUCCCACUCUGCUCCCUGGAGUACCGCAAACAGAGAAGACAAGAUCGAUUCACUUGAAGAUUACGUGUUCUACAAAUCAUGGCCUGGUGACAACAAGAGGUUGUUGCAGGCAUCAAUCCUGUUCUUCGUCCCUGGGAUCCUGAAAUGCAUAGAGAAGCCCUGGGCUCUCAAGAGCACUAGCAUUAACAGCCUAGUCAGCUAUUCCCACUCUGCUCCCUGGAGUACCGCAAACAGAGAAGACAAGAUCGAUUCACUUGAAGAUUACGUGUUCUGCAAAUCAUGGCCUGGUGACAACAAGAGGUUGUUGCAGGCAUCAAUCCUGUUCUUCGUCCCCGGGAUCCUGAAAUGCAUAGAGAAGCCCUGGACUCUCAAGAGCGCUAGCAUUAACAGCCUAGUCAGCUAUUCCCACUCUGCUCCCUUGAGUACCGCAAACAGAGAAGACAAGAUCGAUUCACUUGAAGAUUACGUGUUCUGCAAAUCAUGGCCUGGUGACAACAAGAGGUUGUUGCAGGCAUCAAUCCUGUUCUUCGUCCCUGGGAUCCUGAAAUGCAUAGAGAAGCCCUGGACUCUCAAGAGCGCUAGCAUUAACAACCUAGUCAGCUAUUCCCACUCUGCUCCCUGGAGUACCGCAAACAGAGAAGACAAGAUCGGUUCACUUGAAGACUACGUGCAAAAAGCACGGGCUUUUGUCCUAGGUAACCCUUGUCGUCAAGAGCAAGAAGGUGAUGCAGUGAACCCUGAGGCCGAUGACCAUCUUUCUCAAGCACAAGUAGAAGUCGAUGCAAUGGACCUUGAGGCAGAUAAUCAACGUCGAGCACAAGAAGAAGACGCCUCGGUGGAACUUGAGCCCGACAAUCUUUCUCAGACCUCAAGCGCAUGGAGAAAUCACCUAAACCAAAUAAAGGAAAAUAUGAGAAGCCGCAUAAACCAACAGAGGGGGAAAAGUACAAGCCAAGAUGACUAUAAUGCCGAGCUUGAGGUGUAUGGGCUAUUUGUGGACCUUGCAUCACCGUAUCCUGAUCGGCUUGGUAUCCUAAAAUCCCUCUGGUUGCUUGAUAAAGCACAAGCAUAUGCUUUCUUGCAAGAUAGCCUAUUCAGCGCAUUCGAUCUUCUGUAUACCAAAAGAAAGAUGCCAGCUUUUGGGAAGAACGGUGCAAGGAAGACCCAAACUUCUUCGAAAUUCUUUCUUCUUACGUAUGGAUAUCAGCUUUGAUCCUGCCAUGGGUGGCCAUCAGCCUCUUCCACAAGAGUCACAAAGAAACUUAUGAUGCUAAUGAUGUCAAAGUUACCUAUGCCUUGUUCUGUUGUACUGCAGUGCUGGAGGUUUACAGUUUUUCUUGGUUGCUCCAAAGGGUCAAGUGGCAGCCAACUCAACAUCCAACAACUUGACAUCUCUGGUCUCUGGCCUAUUUGAGCAGGCAAAAGAAAGUGCUACACAAUGACAGUGGGUAAAAAAAUGAUCGCCUUGUACCAACAAGGGCCAAAAAAAAUAUAGUUAUCCUAGGGCACCUGGUGGAGUAGAUGAGAGGCCUUGGUAAUUACACACCAAUGGAGGCCGUUAGUACUGGUGUACUCAAACAUAACCUCGCAACAAAAGGCACACAAGGAAGAAUUUCUUUAAAUGCAAGGACUUUGUUGACCAACUUUGGACCAUGAAGCCCUGUAACUCAUCAUUGGCCAUUACAGAGUUGGUUAUUAAGUACGUGAAGAAAGGGUGGGAGGAUGAAAUGAAGGAUGCUGAAAGUUACUGGAAGUUCAACGAUCACAGGGGGCAAUGGACUCUUCAGGCCAACAAGUGCGAUACGGCGGACCAGCGCCGAUCCAGCAGUUCCUCGAAGAGUACCGUGAGGCAGGGAGGUAAAAGGUGGACACAAUGAAUUAACUAAGGGUGUGGGCUCCACUCUAUCUAUUGUGUUCGAAUACACACAACAAAAAAUCGUUCGGUCACUCUUGAUACAUUGCCCACGGUACAGACAUGGUCCGUACGCACGAAUCAAGGAAUGGAUCCGACGCCUCCGCGUACCCGGUAGAAACCGGUACCGCUAGUUUUUCAUUUCGCGGGCAGCCUCUAUGUUCAGUACAUUAUCUUCCUCAUCCUGAGCGGUUGUGGAAGGUAGGUGUCAUCGAAUUAAUAUUGAUUCGUGCGAAUCACAUACUCCUGGUGUCCAUUAAUGCAAGGACAAGUCUAGAUGAAUAUUAGGCUGGGUCCAGCUAAAUAUAACUGAACCCGCAGGAAGUCGCUGUAAUCAAUUAAGAGCUGCGACCACCUUACUUUACUUCAGUUCAUUAUAGUAUUCACUGGUGAGGUUAAGGAAUCAAGCUGUGUAUUUGUCCAAGUCAAGUAAUAUAUGAUCAUGUCCUGCCCCGGUACCUACCGCUGGUUCGUAUACACAUGUAAGCAAGAUAAAACAACUAGGCCAUCAGGUGCAGAUAAGUUAUAAGAUGCAACAGAUAUAAGAAAUUCAGUGGAUAGGUAGGCAUGCGACAGAUCCAUAGUCACCGCUAACCAUGUGCAUAUGCAAUGCAUACAUAGGAUAGGAGCCAGAGCUUGAAAUAAACCUGCCUCUGAGUGUUGUAUUCUUGCGCGUCUGAUUAUUGAGAAAGAUCGAUGGGCCUCUCGGGUGCUGUGGAUUGGUGGGAGGAGUGGCAGCUGCAUAUCCUCGUCAUCAGCAGCCUCUUUGUCCAAUACUUCCUGUUCGUCUCUGCCUCCAGCCGUAAGCUUGCCAUCUCUUCCUUGUACAGAUUCCUAAUAUGGAUCGCGUAUGUAGUCAGCGAUCCUCUGGCGAUAUAUGCCCUCGCCACCCUCUUCAAUCGACAGAAGAAGCGGGACUACAGCUUAUCAAACCGCAAUAGCAUCCUCGAGGUGCUGUGGGCGCCUUUCCUUCUGAUGCACCUUGGUGGACAGGACUGCAUAACCGCGUACAACAUCGAAGACAACGAGCUGUGGCUACGGCAUGCCCUGACUGCCGUAUCCCAGAUCACUGUAGCCAUCUACGUUUUCUAGGCCAGACGGCGAACAUAGGUUGCUGCAAGCAGCAAUCUUGUUGUUCGUUCCCGGGAUCCUCAAAUGCUUAGAGAAGCCAUGGGCCCUUAAGAGAGCUAGCAUUUACAGCUUGGCCAAGUCUUCUGGCCGCCCUGGACAAGCUCCGUGGAGGAUCAGUUUACUGGGAGGCUACAUGCAACGAGCAAGGGCUAUAGUCUUGACCCGUAGCUGUAGUCCUCGAGCACAACGAGAAGGUGCUGCAGUGGACCAUGGUGCUGAUCAUCCACCUCAAGCACAAGGAGAAGGCUCCGUCACUGCAGAACUUGACGACGGCCAUCAUCCUCAGACUUCAAGAAGACGAAUGGACCUUGGGGAUUACGUGCAAAAAGCAAGGGAUUUUGUCAAGGACCAUCAUCGUCAUGCACAAGGAGAAUGUGAUCGAGUGGACCUUGAGGCCAACCAUCGCCUUCAAACACGACAACAAGGUGGCUCAGUGGACCUUGAGGAUGAGGCAUAUCACAAGCUAUUUGUGGAUCUUGCAUCCCCGUAUCCUAAUCGGCUUGGUGUCCUAAAAGCCUUCUGGGUUCUUGAUGAGAAACUAACUUAUGCACUGUUAGAGAAAUGGCUAUCCGACACGUUCAACCUUCUCUACACCAAAAUGAAGAUGGUUCGCUCCUUCUGGGGUAACUCAAAAGGCAAAAAAGACCCAAGUUUGUUGGAAUUCCUUCCUGCCUUCGUAAGGUUAGCAGCUAUAGCCCUGCCAUUAGCAGCCAUCGGGCUCUUCCACAACAGUCACAGGGAAUCUUAUAAUGAUCAGGAUGUCAAUGUUACAAUUGCCCUGUUUACCUGUACCGCGUUGCUGGAGGCAUAUGCCUAUGCCUCUCUUGGUUUUGGUGAUUUCAAAUUGUCUCGCUCGGUUUCCCAAUAUAGCCUCAUAGGAUUCUUUGCCCGCAACCAAAGGCACACAAUGAUGAUGAGCAUCUUGAGUUUCUUUGGAGGAAAGGACUUCCUUGACCAGCAUUGGUGCAUGUGGCCCCGUGACUCAUCCAUUGCCAUUAUAGGGUUGGUUCUGAAGUAUGUGAAGAAAGGGUGGGCACAACAAAUAAAUGAUGACAAGGAUUACUUGAAGUUCAACCAUUCCAGAGGCCAGCGGACUCUUGAGAUCAAUAAGUGUGAAGUCCUGGGUUGGAGCUUAAGGAGGCCGUUCGACGAGAGUGUCCUUCUCUGGCACAUCACCACAUAUUUCUGCUUCUACAUGGUCGCACGGAGGCAGGAGGAGAUAUCUCCUCCAUUAUCUAAAAAAACUACAUGGGCGCAUCAGCUGAUUACCAGUGUGCCACUGCUCAAUGUAACCAAGAUGAUGCCUCUGUUCAACAUCACGGUAGUGCUGCAUGGUGUGAAAGCUCCCCUUGUCAUGAAAGACCUGAUUGUUGCAGACAAAUGUCCAAUUACAUGGCAUACCUACUGUUUGUCAAUCCUGAGAUGCUCAUGGCAGGCACCCGACGGUUUCUGUUAAAUACUGCCAAUGAUAAACUUGAAGACAUUCUGAAGCCUGACAAGCCAUCACUCAAAAAGAUUCUCAAGAGCGACAAGCCAUCGCUCAAGGAGAUCUUCCAGCGUGAUAUUUCAAUGUUGGAUAUCAUCAAGGGUCAAAUGUCAAAGGUCAAGCAGAUCCUCAAUGGCAACAUAUCAAUGCUCAAGCAGAUCCUCACGAGAAAAACUACAAUUCUGGAGAUCACCAAUUACAAAAUGUCAGAGAUUCUCAAGAUCGAAAAAGAAAUUGAAGGAGGAAUUAUGCAGAUAUUAAUCAGCAGGAUGGAGCUCGCAGAGCGCAAAAAACAAGUUGCAGAAGUUGUAGGAUCAGCAAAAUUACCGCCCAACAGACAGAAAAAUCCAGCUACACAAGAACGUUUCAUCCACGAUGCCUGGGAGAUUUCUAAGGUAUUGUUGGCUUUAGGUGAUGAGAAGAUGUGGGAGGUGAUUGAAGGUGUGUGGGUGGAGAUGCUCUGCUUCUCGGCCAGUAACUGCCGAGGGUACCUACAUGCCAAGAGUCUGGGCACCGGCAUAGAGUUACUCACCUAUGUCUGGCUUCUGCUGUCGCACAUGGGGAUGGAGACCUUGCCGGAGAGGCUGCAGAGGACGGAGCCUUCAAGUGGAGAAGUAAAUGCUGGUGCUGCUCCAUCGACUUCGCAGACACCUGGGAGCAAAGAUCCACCACCCUUCAGACGCUCAAGGCCACGUGAAGCUGCUGCUGCUGCUAGCACAUCUACCUGUCGACCUCAAGAAAUACAACCGGCUGAAUAAUCCGACAAACUAUUAUCUCAUUAUUCAUACAUAACCAGGUGUCUGUAUUACCCAUCUACCGUUCGUAUCCUUCGCCCAUUGUGCGGAGCUUGAUGCGCUAGUCCAGCUUGAUGCCUGGCAGUCUUUUCGUCUGUUGUUUGAUCAUGCUUGUAGUAUGCCCCGUGUUGAAUUAUGUAGCAUCGAUGGGUUUUGUAAGAGUCAGUUGUGAUUAUGGUCAUUUGUACAAAUGUUUUACCCUGUAGUUGUCAUAAUGUAUUGCCACCCAAAGGUCAGAAGCUGCUGGUGAAUAUGUGAUCAACGGGUUUCCUCCUCGAUCUACGUGAUUUUAUAACUUGGUGAAUAUGUGAUCUGAACUGCUAGAUAGAU